UUUAGUGUAGCUCGGAGGGCUCAACGUAACAAGAGGGAGGACAGACAUGUAACAUGGAGAGAAGUAGCGCCACGUAGCCUGGAGGAGCAGUUUUUAAAAGCGGGAUAAAGUUGAAAGGAGACUACGGAGUGUGUUUGAGCCAUGGAGAAAGUCAGCAAAGACUCAAAGACUAACCCGGCAGCGACGGCGAGUCUUUUAUCAAAGAUCUUCUUCUGGUGGCUCAACCCUUUGUUUUCCACUGGCUCCAAACGCAAGCUUGAGGAAGAUGACAUGUACGAAGUGCUGCCGGAGGACAGGUCGGAGAGUCUGGGACAGGACCUGCAGAGAUACUGGGAUCAGGAGUACCUGAAGGCCACCAAAGAGAUGCGGAAACCUGGACUCUCCAAAUGCAUCAUUAAGUGCUACUGGAAACCAUACGCGGUGCUGGGACUCUUUACACUCAUUGAGGAGAUCAUUAAAGUGAUCCAGCCGGUCUUCUUGGGGAUGAUGAUCCUGUACUUUGAGAGUUACGACCCGAACGACACGACGGCUCUCAACGUGGCCCUGGGCUACGCAGCCGGCCUGUCCAUCUGCACCAUCGGCCUGAACUUGCUCCAUCACCUCUACUUCUACCACGUCCAGAGGACGGGCAUGAAGAUCAGAGUGGCCAUGUGUCACAUGAUCUACAGCAAGUCUCUGCGUCUCAGCAGUGCAGCCAUGGGAAAGACCACCACAGGCCAGAUCGUCAACCUCCUCUCCAAUGACGUCAACAAGUUCGAUGAUGUGACUAUCUUCCUGCACUUCCUGUGGGUGGGGCCCCUCCAGGCGGCAGUAGUCGUGGGACUGCUGUGGGUGGAGAUCGGACCGUCGUGCUUGGCAGGCAUGGUGAUCCUCAUGUUCCUGAUGCCUACGCAGACCUGGUUUGGAAGGCUCUUCUCUAAGUUCAGGAGUAAAACAGCCGUUCUCACAGACAGCAGAAUCCGCACCAUGAACGAGGUGGUGUCCGGAAUCAGGAUCAUCAAGAUGUACGCCUGGGAGAAACCCUUCUCUGCUCUGGUCACCGAGGUCAGGAGGAAGGAGAUCUCCAUGAUCAUGAAGAGCUCCUACCUCCGAGGCCUCAACAUGGCCUCCUUCUUCUGCGCCAGCAAGCUCAUCCUCUUCGUCACCUUCACCCUCUACGUCCUCCUGGGGAACACCAUCACGGCCAGCCGCGUGUUCGUGACGGUGUCGCUGUACACGGCCGUGAGGCUCACCGUCACGCUCUUCUUCCCGAGCGCCAUCGAGAAGCUGUUUGAGAGCCGCGUCAGCAUCCGCAGGAUUCAGGAGUUCUUGAUGCUGGACGAGAUCACAAAGAGCACCGCUGCACUGUCACAGGAUGAGAAGAAGGACGCCUCGGUGGAGAUCCGGGACCUGGUCUGCUACUGGGACAAGAAUCUGGACGCUCCAACUCUGCAGAACCUCUCCUUCACCCUGAACUCCAAUCAGCUGUUGGCUGUGAUCGGAUCCGUGGGAGCUGGAAAGUCAUCCCUGCUGAGCACCAUCCUGGGAGAGCUGCCUAACGAAAAGGGGGUGCUGAAGGUCAAAGGUCAGCUGACCUACGCCGCCCAGCAGCCCUGGGUGUUCCCCGGAACCGUCCGCAGUAACAUCCUGUUUGGGAAAGAGCUCAACCCCCAGAAGUACGAGAGAGUCCUCCGAGCCUGCGCUCUGAAGAGGGACAUGGAGCUGCUCCCAGACGGAGACCUGACACUGAUCGGGGACAGAGGAGCCACACUCAGCGGGGGACAGAAAGCUCGAGUCAACCUGGCGAGGGCGGUGUAUCAGGAUGCAGACAUCUACCUCCUGGAUGAUCCUCUGAGUGCUGUGGACGCCGAGGUCGGGAGACACCUCUUCGAACAGUGUAUCUGUGGCCUUCUGAAGAACAAGCUUCGUAUCCUGGUCACCCACCAGCUGCAGUACCUGCAGUCAGCCGACCAGAUUGUGGUCCUCAAGGAGGGUCACAUGGUGGCGAAGGGGAGGUACGCGGAGCUGCAGCGGUCCGGGUUGGACUUCACCUCCCUGCUGAAGAAGGAGGAGGAGGAGGAGCAGCAGCAGCAGCCUCCUCAAGACAUCCUGGUCAGGAACAGGACUCUGUCCGAGAACUCCGUGCUCUCUCACACCUCCUCCGUGCACUCGGUCAAAGACGGAGACCACUUACCGGCAGAGACGGUGCAGACGGUACCAGAGGAGAGUCGCGCCGAGGGAACCAUCGGAGUGGGCCUGUACGUCAAAUACCUGAAAGCCGGAGCCCACGUGGUGGUUCUGGUGGUCGUCAUACUGGUCAACAUUCUGGCUCAGGUAGCUUUCAUCAUGCAGGACUGGUGGCUGGCUCACUGGGCCGACGAGCAGGAGAAGCUGAACGUCACUGUCGUCAUCCAGAACGGACUGAACGUCACCGCAGAGCUGGAUACUACCUUCUACCUGUGCAUUUACGGAGGUUUGACUGCUGCCACCAUCGUCUUUGGCUUCAUCAGGAAUCUAUGGCUGUUCCACGUGAUGGUGAGGUGCGCACAGAAUCUGCACAACCGCAUGUUCAACUGCAUCCUCAGAACGCCGGUGCGCUUCUUUGACAUCAACCCCAUUGGAAGAGUCUUGAACAGGUUUUCAAAGGACAUCGGCCAGCUGGACUCUAACAUGCCGUGGACGUUCGUGGACUUCAUUCAGGUGUUCCUGCAGAUCCUCAGCGUGAUCGCCGUGGCGGUGUCGGUGAUCCCCUGGAUCCUCAUCCCGGUCCUCCCCCUCCUCCUCUUCUUCCUCUACCUGCGGCGCUACUUCCUGCAGACCUCCAGAAACAUCAAACGCCUCGAGUCUACCACUCGGAGUCCAGUGUUCUCCCACCUGUCGUCGUCUCUUCAGGGCCUGUGGACCAUCCGAGCCUUUGGAGCUGAGGAGAGGUUCCAGAAAGCCUUCGAUGCCCAGCAGGACCUGCACUCAGAGGCCUGGUUCUUGUUCCUGACCACCUCCCGCUGGUUCGCCGUCCGUCUCGACGGCAUCUGCUCCAUCUUUGUUACCAUCACCACCUUUGGCUGCCUGCUGCUCAGAGACCAGAUGGAUGCCGGCUCCGUCGGUCUGGCUCUGUCCUACUCCGUCACACUGAUGGGCAUGUUUCAGUGGGGGGUCAGGCAGAGUGCAGAGGUGGAGAACCUGAUGACGUCAGUGGAGAGAGUGGUGGAGUACACUGAACUGGAGAGUGAAGCACCCUGGGAAACCAACAAGCGUCCUCCUCCCGAUUGGCCCAGCAAAGGCCUGGUGACCUUCGACCGCGUCAGCUUCUCCUACGGCGGCGACGGACCGAUGGUGCUGCAGAACCUGAAAGCAAUGUUCCGACCCAAAGAGAAGGUUGGUAUUGUGGGCAGAACCGGUGCUGGGAAAAGCUCUCUGGUCUCAGCUCUGUUCCGCCUGGCUGAACCUCAGGGGAAGAUCUACAUCGACGGGGUUCUGACCUCUGAGAUCGGCCUCCACGACCUGCGCCAGAAGAUGUCCAUCAUUCCUCAAGACCCAGUGCUGUUUACAGGCUCCAUGAGGAAGAACUUGGACCCUUUCAGCCAGCACACCGAUGAAGACCUGUGGAAGGCUCUGGAGGAGGUGCAGCUGAAGUUCGUGGUGGAGGAGCUGCCCGGGAAGUUGGAGACGGUUCUGGCCGAGUCGGGCUCCAACUUCAGCGUGGGCCAGAGGCAGCUGGUGUGUCUGGCCAGAGCCGUCCUGAGGAAGAACCGCAUCCUGGUCAUCGACGAGGCCACGGCCAACGUGGACCCCAGGACAGAUGAGCUGAUCCAGAAAACCAUCCGGGACAAGUUCAGAGAAUGCACCGUGCUCACUAUAGCUCAUCGUCUCAACACCAUCAUAGACAGCGACAGGAUACUGGUGCUAGAUGCAGGGCAAAUUCAUGCCUAUGAUGCGCCUUACACCCUGCUUCAAGACCAAGAGGGCAUCUUUUAUAAGAUGGUGCAGCAGACUGGCAAACAGGAGGCAGCGGCUCUACUAGAGGCAGCUAAACAGGCGUACGACAGCAGAAGCCAUCUCAUAUCAAACGGACAUGCAGAAACAGCAGACGGUAGCUUGGUUAUCUUUGAGACCGCUCUGUGAGCCUCAGGGACUCGCUGCUUCGCCAGAAGACUUCACAAAGUGCCUGGGCUCGUACCGCGCCCCCCCUCCAGCCUCUGAGGUAGCACACAGGGCCUGAAGGUAAAAGGCCUCAUCCACUCCGGCUGGUGAGGAGACGGGAUCUGACGAGGCUGCGGCCUCACCGCGGCCUUGAACCGGCUGAGCCAAAUAUACGCACUUUACUUUACUUUAAGUAGCGUGGAAAUCACUGCUGUAAACAAAAUCUAAAUAGAGCACUAUUUAUUUUCUAUGCUUAAUAUUUAUCGUAUGUUAACAAAAUUGCCUCAGAGAUAUUGCUCUUACAUGGCCACAUAGUCCUUAUAAAACUCUAAGUGCCUUAUUAUUUCAAGAGUGCAGCAGUUUGUACACGUUAAUCUAAAGAAUGAUAUCUAUCCAAAGUUGCCUUGUGUUUGUAUAAAAAAAAAAUACUGAUUACCAAAUGUAACAAAUUUCACAGCAACAUACAUUUCUGCAAAAAAUCUGUUUUGUACGUUGACGUCUUGAAAUUUGACUGCAGAUUACACUUUAUUUUUUACCAGUUUCAAAUGCGUCAUGACUAUCUGACAUGUUAUAACUGCCAAUUUUUACAUUUUAUUAUGUUAAAUGCUGCAUAAACACCUACAGAUCUUACUUUAGUGAUGUCUUUCAGAUCAACCUACACACUCGUUUAGUAUAUUUACACAGAAAAGACAAAAAGUUUAUCACCUAAUGGAGUCUGUUAUACAGCAGUCUCUCUAAAUCUUGCCUCAGGCAGAAUUUUUUUUAUGGUAUACUAUACUGUGACAUUUUUUAUCGCAUCCUAUGCUCGGAGGAACUACAAGCUGUUAAAACAGAAGUGAAACGUCGAGGAAAGGGAAGAACUAAGGCUGUUAAAUCGACCUCUGAAGAGGAGCUGCAGUAGAAAAAGCCGAUGAAGUCGGUCAAAGAAGCCAGAGGUGUCAAAUUCAGAGUCAAAUUCACAGGAGUCUGUGCGAGCUGUGAGAAGGAGAGGAAAGCCUCCUGGACCCCUGCACGCACAAACCCGAAAAUCAAAGUCACGUGAAAGCUGGGAAAAGCUCCGUCCACGUCACAGAAGGCGAGCUGCUAUAACUGCAGGUGAUGCUGGAGAGGAGGCAUCACAACACCGUUCUGAGGAGAUCCAAGAGGAUUGCCAGAAGGAGAUGAAUGCGUUUGCUGGAGAUUCACUGAUGCCUAACUCCAACAAUGGGAUUUUUAUUUCUGUUUUAUCUUUUUAAGUAUGUGUUGUGUAUAAUGUUUAAGAAUUUACACCAGCUAUUUUAUUCUUAAUAUGAAAAUAAAAUGUAACUUUCAUAAGACUGGAUUCACAUCUGUUGCAUAUUUGAAUGUCAAGUUUCUACUUUAGGUGUACAAUAAAGUCAGAAUAUGACAAUUAUAAA